AUGGGUAUGGAGAAUUCAAAGUUCUUUCUCAUUCUCAUUGUAUUUGUGGCAUUUCUGGUGGGUUCUCAAGGUGUAGGUGACAAGGAAAAGAAAGGGGAGCUCUAUAAUGCUAAAAAUGGAGGGUAUGGAGGAGGGCCUGAUGGAGGGCCUGGAGGAGGGCCUGAUGGAGGGCAUGGAGGAGGGCCUGAUGGAGGGUAUGGAGGAGGGCCUGGAGGAGGGCCUGAUGGAGGGCAUGGAGGAGGGCCUGGAGGAGGGCCUGAUGGAGGGCAUGGAGGAGGGCCUGAUGGUGGGCAUGGAGGAGGGCCUGAUGGAGGGCAUGGUGGAGGGCCCGAUGGAGGAUAUGGAGGAGGGCCUAAUGGAGGAUAUGGAGGGGGGCCAUUUGGAGGAUAUGGAGGAGGUCCAUAUGGAGGAUAUGGGGGUCCAUUUGGUGGCUACGGAGGAGGCUUUCCAUUACUUGGGGGGCUUCCAUUACUUGGGGGUCUUCCUUUGCUUGGAGGGCUUCCAUUUCUUGGGGGGCUUCCACUUCCCUUUGGAAGGCUUGGGGGGCUUCCACUUCCUUUUGGAAGGCAUGGGCGCGGAUUUGGUUAUGGCAUCCAGGGGACUAAAGCUAAUGAUGAAAAAGGAGAUUAUGGCGGGAAGGGAGACUUUCUUAACCCUAAAGGUGAUUAUGGCGGGAAGGGAGACUUUCCUAACCCUAGAGGAGAUUAUGGAGGAGAGGGAGACAUCCCUAACCCUAAAGGAGAUUAUGGCGGGAAGGAAGACGUUCCACACCCUAAAGGAGAUCAUGGUGAGAAGGGAGACAUUCCAUACCCUAAAGGUGAUUACGGCCGGAAGGGAGGCUUUCCUAACCCGAAAGGCGAUUAUGGAGGGGGGAAGGGAGACAUUCCUAACCCUAAAAGAGAUUAUGGUGGGAAAGGAGACAUGCCUAAAGGUGAUGGUGGAGCUGGUGGUGGCCAGUAUCCAUAG